AUGGCCGAACAGUCGGCUGCUUCACCCAACCUUGAGACCUCCUCGCCACCAGAGCUCAUUCACCUCGAUCCCGCCCUGCCUUACCGCCUCGCCUCCGCCGCCUGGCCCCUCCCCGACGUCACCCGUCUCAACGAAGCCAUCUUUGACAACCUGGACCUGGACCUCAUCACCCACCUCGUCCUCAUGAGCAGAUCCUCAGACACGUCGGCGUCCGCUACGAACCCCCGGCGCACCCCUUUCCGUUCUGGCACUUUCUCGGCAAGAUCGCCUCCAAAGCCGUGUGGCAAGACAGAGAACCGCCUCGAGGUGCUCAACUUCAUCGCCGUGCGCCGCCACGAGUACGUCGCCUUUGAGACUCAGCGCGGCCGGGAACAAGGUAGCGAGGAGGUCACGCUCAACAGGCCGCAGCCGGGCCACCCGAUCCGGUGCUUCUGGAAGCCGGCAAGGGAGAUCAUCACGCGCCAGGUUCAAGAAUAUAAGAGACAUCCCCAGGGGAUCGACAUCUCCACGGUUGGUGGUCUUGGAAACCGUGGAAAGGACUCUAUAGUUAGGCCUCCUUGA